AUGUGCGGCCGUUAUGUGCUGGCCUUGCGGCCAUCCGAGGUCCGCCGACAGCUCGAGCACUCGCAUAUGCCCGUCGCAGAAGCCCCCGACGAUGACGACGGCACCAUACGACAGAGCUACAACUUUGCCCCAGGCUACCACGGCCUGGUCUAUCGAGCAGAGGGCUCCGAAACUGUUCGUUAUCACGAAACUUCCCCGUCGAGCGACAACGACACCCAGUACAAGCUGCAGUCCAUGCAAUGGGGCCUCGUGCCCUUUUGGACCAAGCGCAACCCCGACUACGGUUCCAAGAUGAAGACGAUCAACUGCCGCGAUGACUCUCUCGUCGAAGACCGUGGGAUAUGGACAACUAUGAAGAAGAAGAAGCGAUGCAUCGUCGUGGCACAGGGAUUCUACGAAUGGCUCAAGAAGAGCGGGAGCAAGGACAAGAUACCACACUUUACAAAACGCAAAGAUGGCCAGCUCAUGUGCUUCGCCGGCUUAUGGGACUGUGUUCAGUUUGAAGGCUCCAGUGAGAAGCUCUUCACCUACACAAUCAUAACUACCGAAUCCAACCAGCAGCUCCGCUUUCUACACGACCGCAUGCCCGUCAUCCUCGAGAACGGAUCCGACGCAAUCCGUACUUGGCUCGACCCAACCCACACCGAAUGGAGCAAAGAUUUACAAUCCCUUUUGCAGCCAUUCCAAGGCGACCUUGAGUGCUACCCAGUCAGCAAAGAUGUUGGCAAGGUCGGCAACAACUCGCCCUCGUUUCUUGUACCAAUCAACAGCGCCGAUAACAAGAACAACAUUGCAAACUUCUUUGGCAACCAACGAGCAGCCGCCAAGGUCGAUCAUGACGUGAAUGAGAAACGUGAGACAAUGGACCGUGUGGAAGGUACCGAAGAUACCGAAGAUAACGCCCCGCUACCUGUACCAGUGACAGCACACUCCGAACCGGCUCAUGAGUCGCAAGGCAUCAAGCGAGAGAACAACAGCGAAGAUGACAACGGUAGUACAGGAGAGCAAGAACCCUCGAGUAAACGCGUCAAGUCCGAACCAUCGGCGUCUCUGAUAAAGAGUCCUAUCAAGUCAGCGUCCACGCCUGCAAAGAAGCGCGUCACCAGGAGUGCCACGAGCAACGGCAGCGCGGCCAAAACACGCAAAUCUGACGGUUCGCAGAAGAUUACGGCUUUUUUUACCAGCAAGUGA